CAAAAACAUAAGUUAUUCUUACGGCUUUUUAUUCGUAUAUUUACUUUGGUUUUCAUUCGUUCGAAAAAUAAGUUUCUUUAGUUGUUUGAAAUAUCAAGGCAGAUGUCGAGUAUAGCGACUGAAUCAAGGUUGACGGUAGCCAUUUUUGUAGAGCAUGAGUAAACGUAUGCUUGCGAUAACUGAUGGGUCGAGUUCGCGGUCACGUAGACGCAGUAGAUCGCCAGAAAAGUCUCCAGGUAGGAUUAGGUAAUCUUUUCUGGCUUAAUGUGUUUCAGAUUCAGCUCCUCGAAAACGUAAGAGCAGAUGGUCUGCAGUUGAAACAGAUCGGAUUUUUAUACCUGGUAUGCCUACUCAGCUGCCCCCAAAUCUUACACCGCAACAGGAAAGAGUGUACAUCAUUCAGCUCCAAAUCGAAGAUAUGUCUAGACGCUUGAAAAGUGGAGAUUUGGGUAUCCCUAAAAAUCCGGAAGACAGAUCCCCUUCACCGGAACCUAUAUAUAGCAGCGACGGUAAGCGCUUAAACACAAGGGAAUAUAGGACCCGCAAAAAGCUGGAAGAUGAUCGUCACGCACUUGUACAACAACUUAUGGAAAUUAAUCCUGAAUAUAAACCACCCUCUGACUACAAAGCUCCACAGAAUAGAAUAACGGAUAAAGUAUUUAUCCCCCAAGAUAACCACCCGGAUAUCAACUUCGUUGGGCUCUUGAUUGGACCGCGUGGGAAUACGCUUAAGGCACUGGAAAAGGAUACGGGCGCAAAAGUAAUAAUUCGCGGAAAGGGCUCUGUUAAAGAAGGCAAGGUUGGAAGGAGAGACGGACUUCCUUUACCUGGUGAAGACGAGCCUCUACACGCUUUCAUCUCAGCACCUUCAGCCGAAUGUGUAGACAAAGCAGUUAAAAAAAUUAAUGAGAUAAUAAGACAAGGAAUUGAGAUACCAGAGAGCCAAAACGAUCUUCGAAGAGCCCAGUUGCGCGAGCUUGCUUUACUUAAUGGGACAUUGCGUGAGCACGAAGGUUUGAUGAAACUACGUGCAAUGGCCGAAGCCCAGUCAAUUGCUACCAACAAAAUCCAAUGUGGUAUAUGUGGAGGUGCUGGACAUCUGUCAACCGACUGCAAAGCACUGUUGGGUGGUCAGGCAUAUCUUGAUCAGCUUAAUGCCAACCCCGGUGAAAGAGCCAAAAUGGAUAGCGAAUACACUGCAUUAAUGGCGGAGCUCGGUGUAGGUGGUUCACAAGGUUUGCCUCCCGGUCUUAGAGGCUUUAAUGCUUUACAACCACAACCUACCCGCCCGACUCGUCAGCCCCCGCCUCCUGGUGUUGCAGCUUUUGAUGACGACGACGAUGGAGACGCUGGAACAAAUUGUACUACUGCUACAACAACUUCAACGGUUUCAACCACGGUUUCUUCUCCCAACCAGUAUGCAUUUGCUUUGCCACCACCACCCCCUCCUCCCUCUCAGUAUGCACCUAUGGUGACACCUGUUACUCCAUGGGCGACUCCUGCAGUCGUACCACCUAUGCCUGGAUAUCCGUCAACUGCCGCCUAUCCUACUUCCGGAGUCCCCGCAGUUGCAGGAGCCUAUUCCGAAGUGCCAGUUGCAACAAAUGGUGGUUCCUCAUUAAACCACUGGCAUCCCUCCGUCCCUGGAUCAGCUUCUUGGGGCGAUAGCUCAUCACUAGUACCAGCUGGUGUACCUGUUCCCGGUACAGCAAUGGUUCCUCCUUACUACCUGCCCACACCUACGGAUUACUGGGCAGGUUAUGCGGGAGGUUACACAGCCUCUGUACCCAACUUACCCCCUCCUCCACCACCACCUGGAGUCUAGAUUCAUUAACCGUCACUAUUCACUUGCAGCCAUAAAACCGAAACAACUCCCUGUACAAAUUCAAGGCAUAAAUGGCUUUAUACCAUCACUGAUUUAUGUUUAUAGAAAUCAAGCUUGUUUAUCAUUGUUCUAGCAGUUUCUGUGCAAACAUAUUGAUUCUAUGAAAAUUGUUUAUUUUCUCAUUAUAUCUGUUUGAU